AUGUCCGACCCGGAAGUCACAACUGCAGCCACAUCGGAGCAAGACUCCUCCGCCUCACCUCAACAAAACGGCGACCAAACCAAACUCUCAUCCGCCGGUUUCAGCAUAUGGCCACCCACUCAGCGCACUCGCGACGCCGUCAUCACUCGCUUAAUCGAAACCCUAACCACUCCCUCCGUCCUUUCAAAGCGCUACGGCACAUUGCCUUCUGACGAGGCCGCCACAGCCGCUCGCCAGAUCGAAGACGAGGCUUACUCUUUCGCCAGUGACUCCGGUGCUCCAGACGGCGGUGACGGCAUCGAGAUCCUUCAGGUUUACUCCAAGGAAAUCAGUAAGCGCAUGCUUGAAACCGUUAAGGCUAGACCUACCAUAGGUUCCAAUGCCGUCGAUAACGAUGCUGCUGAAGCUCCUACAACCGUGGAUCCUCCUUCUUCUUCACCAACCGCAGUGGAUGCUCCUGACACCGGCAAGAUCGAGACGGAGACGGAGACUGAGACCUGA